CGUUUCUCUACCGCCAACAUUUUUUUGCACAAAAAUAAACAAUUAAGCAUGGAAUAUUUGCUAUAACUAAAUUUUCGUAAAUAAUUUCGUAAUUCCUGAUAUAUACUGCAUUGAUUUUUUUAUUUCAAAUAUAAACACAUAAAAAUUAAAAAAUUGUGACGAAAUGUCGUUCUUCAGCGGAAACACUUCGUUGGGUGCUACAAGCACGCCGGCUAAACCUGGUUUAUUUUCUACAUUUGGUACUGGUUCUGCGACAGCAGCGCCAGCUUUCGGCAGCACUGCGACAUCAACAGCCGCCCCAACUUUUGGAACAUCAGCUUUUGGUGCCACCGGGUUUGGAACUGCGGCUACUUCAUCUACGCCAUCGCUUUUCGGCGGUACAGCAACUUCUACCAAUGCGACCGGCUUUGGCGGUUUUGGCGCCGCCACAUCUACAGCACCUUCUUUUGGUGGCUUCGGAACUACUGCUGCCACUAGUGCUCCCGGUUUCGGAGGAUUCGGUGCAACAUCGACAACUUCAACAGCGCCAGCUUUUGGAGGAUUUGGUACACAAACUAAUGCUUUUGGAGGUUUCGGUACUGGUGGUAGUGCGUUUGGUUCAACAUUCGGAAAACCCGCUGCUACAACUGUUACACCUGGAUUUGGAGGUUUUAGUGGGGCCACUAAUUUCAUGUUAGGACAGCCGCAGCAGCAAGUUCCCCAACUAUCGCCAGAUGAAGCUUUCGCUCAGUCCAUUUUUAAUGUAUCCAUUUACGGUGAUGAGCGUGACACAAUUAUAGCAAAAUGGAAUUAUUUACAAGCAAUGUGGGGAACUGGGAAAUCCUUUUAUUCUCAAAAUGCCGUACCCGUGGAAAUUACUUCACAAAACUAUCUCUGUCGUUUAAAAGCAAUGGGUUAUAGUCGACUGCCUGGAAAAGAUAAUAAAAUGGGAUUAGUCGCAUUGAAUUUUAACAAACCGCUGGCUGAUGUUAAGGCUCAACAGCAGCAAAUAGUCUCCUCUUUAAAUGGUGUAUUUGGCAAUAAACCAAAUCUUGCUAUAAGUAUUGAAUCUAGUAAAGAGCACGAAGAGAAAAAGUGUCAAAUAGUGAUAUAUGUUGAAGAACGUUCACAAAUGUCGCCCAACGAUAUUAAGCGUAUACUUGCCACCGAUGUUUCGAAUUAUCUGAAUCAGGCGAACGUCAAAGCACAAUUAGGAAAUCUAGGUAUUAGCGAGGUACUGGCAUUGGUAUUACCCGAUGAGGAUCAACUUAAGGAGUAUCUUGAGAAUCCACCAAAGGGAGUUGAUCCACGUAUGUGGCGACAAGCGAAAUUAGAUAAUCCCGAUACGACGAAAUUUAUACCUGUACCAAUGAUUGGUUUCAAUGAUCUGAAGUGGCGCACAAAGUGUCAAGAGAGUGAAACUGAAACACAUGCACUGUAUUUAAAAAAAGUGGAGAAGGACUUAGCUGAGUUGAGACAACGUCACGUUGCGGCAACAGCAAAGAUAAUGGAACACAAACGAAAGUUGGCAGAAUUAAGCCACAACAUAUUAAAAAUUAUUGUGAAACAAGAGUGUACACGCAAAAUCGGAUUGGCAUUGACGCCAGAGGAGGAAGCGCUACGAACUAAGUUGGAGAAUAUGCAAGCCUUAGUUUCAGCGCCAACACAAUUCAAGGGACGUCUCAGUGAAUUAUUAUCACAGAUGCGUAUGCAGCGUAAUCAGUAUGCGUUCACCGGUGGAAGUGAAUAUGCUAUAGAUAAAGAUAGUGAGGAGGAAAUGAAAUCAUUUUUAGCCAUGCAGCAGAAAGCGAUGGAGGUGCUGACCGACACCGUGACAAAGGACUUGAAAUCAUUAAAAAUCAUAAUAGAAGGUAUGCCAGAGUUGGUACGUGUUUAAUAGUGCAUUAUGUAAAAUAAAGGAUUUUUACUAAAUAUAUUUGAUGUAAGUAAAAUUAAA